AUGGCCCCAAGGGACAUAUUCACUCGUGAAACCAACAGCUGGAUGUCCCAGUGGCUGGUAUGAGGGGUGGAGAAAACAAGACAAUGAAGACACCAACAACAGAAAUCAUAUAACACGUCUCCACCACUUUGCUGGUAAGUUUGAUAGAGAUAUGCAGUUUCACUAUUGCACUAUGGACCCACAUCGAUCAACAAGCACAAAACAAUGGUCAAAAGGAAACUACUGCAUUAUGAGAAAUGGACCGUCAUGUCCCGAAGGUUUUCAUCAAGGAAGUGUUUUUUGGGAUGAUGAAGAUGAAAAAAACUCCAACAGACAGGAAGGAACCUUGCCCAGCGGUUCCUUUACAAGGGAUACACUAAUUAACUACUGUUGUCGAAACGAUGGUUCAUUCAGAAAUAGAAUCAUACUUCCAACCAAUAAACCAUUUUACCUUCUGAGAUUCCGCUCACUUUGUGAGCGGGUUCAGGAAAUGUAUGUAAGAGAAGAGAUCGUACACUUCGAUGACGAGGACUCGAAUAACAGGAACACUGUCAGUGGGUGGUAUCCCCUAGGAGCUGGUGGUCGUGACCAAAACUUGCACUACUGCUAUUACAGUCCAUAAAGUGUAAUGGUAAUACACA